AUAUAUAUAUAGUACUUAAUUUUGUUUUUUUUAAAAAAUUUUUAAUCUGUUGAUGGAUUAUACUUAGUCUGUCGUAGAAGGUGGAUGGCUCGUCUCUAUGAAUUGGAGAAAAUUUCCAUUUUGCUUAGCUCAGUGAAUCGCUGAAGGGCCUUGAUGUUUCAAUGUUGAAGAGAAUAAUUAUUCUCCAAUUAUUUUCGGAGAUUUUGCUUAUCUUUUCGACCUUAUUCCCUUGAGUUAUCAAGGUUCAUCUAAAUAAGAACACGAAGUCCUUCACAUUGGGCUAUAUAACAUAAUCUCUUCAAUAUGGGUUCUUGUGUAUCAGCAUCGAACAGAAGGCACAGGUCACGAAGAUGUUGUUUUAGAUCGAGGAGAUGCCGUUCCAAGGUCUCUGCAUCUAUCACUGAUGCACCUAUAGUCCGUCUCAGUGAUGCUGGAAAUUAUUAUGCCCGCAGCGAGGUUGUCCAUGUUGGGACUACUGCGACCAAUAGGCAAAAAUCCGAGGUUUCCAAUCUAACUUUCCACCUGACGCAGUUGCAAUGGCAUCAUAGUCAGAUGGAUGCCGGAAAUGUAAUAUGCGAAGAAGAAGCGUGGUUUGAUUCUGUUAGUAUUCUGGAGUCUGAUUCUGAUGAAGAUUUCAGUAGUGUCAGCGGAGACUUCUCACAGCCAGCAAGUAACGCAGUCGAAGCCCAACUGUUGCAGUAUGAAGAUGCUUCGCGAGUGGUGGACGCUAUUCAUAAGUCUGAAGAACUAUACAGCCCUCCAGUCACUCUUGCUGUUGAACAGUAUCUCCGGAGAGAAGGUGUAAAAACCGAGAAGCUUUUGGUAGAUGCUGAACCCCAAGACCCUGAAAGAUUCAAAAUUACAAACCCAGAAAUUUCUGUAAUCCCCAAUGGAAAAGUUGAGGAAGCAAACUUAAGGAAUGAAAGCAAAGAAGUUGGGAUGAAAACUAUGAAGGGUGAGAAUUUCAAAGGUUCGAAAGAGGAUAAAAAUGGCCCUCAGGAAAAUGCUCUUGAAAUUGCUCUGAGGAAUACACUUUCAUGUUGUACACCUCGAGGUGUAAAUUCUAGUAAUAAGGUUCAGCCAUUUCCUACUGCAAGCCCACGAGCCCAAAAGAGAAAGUCGGCCAUUAUAAGACUUUCGUUCAAGAGGAGAUCUUAUGAUGGGGAAGAAACUACUGAAACCUGUGCUUCUAAAAGAUAUUUGUAUCGGCCCAAAGCAGGGGUAUCAGUUCCUUGUUCAGUAGGGGAGAAACUAACGCAAGGAUGCUGGUCUAUUCUUGAACCUUCAACCUUUAGGCUUCGUGGGGAUAGCUAUUUCAGAGAUAAGAAGAAAUCUCCUGCUCCAAAUCAUUCACCGUAUAUUCCUGUUGGUGUGGAUCUGUUUCUCUGUCCACGUAAAGUACAUCACAUUGCUCAGCAUAUUGAGCUUCCUUCUUUGAAAGCACAUGGCACAGUUCCCUCUCUACUUAUUAUAAAUAUUCAGAUGCCUACGUAUCCUGCUGCAAUGUUUCUCGGUGAUAGUGAUGGGGAAGGACUAAGCCUUGUUUUAUAUUUCAAACUAUCUGAGAAUUUCGACAAAGAGAUUUCUCCUCAAUUUCAGGAUAGCAUUCAGAGAUUUGUGAAUGAUGAGAUUGAGAAGGUUAAAGGAUUUCCAUUAGACUCGACCGUCCCUUAUCGAGAGAGAUUGAAAAUAAUGGCUGGGCUAGUUAAUCCAGAGGACAUGCAUUUAAGUGCCACAGAAAAGAAGCUUGUGAAUGCUUACAACGAAAAGCCAGUGCUAUCACGUCCACAGCACAACUUUUACAUGGGUUCAAAUUACUUCGAGAUUGACCUUGAUAUACAUCGUUUUAGCUUCAUAUCAAGGAAAGGGCUUGAAGCAUUCCGAGAACGGCUGAAACACGGUGUACUUAAUCUUGGGUUGGCAAUCCAGGCACAAAAGCAGGAGGAGCUUCCAGAGCAUAUGCUGUGUUGUGUGAGGUUGAACAAGAUCGACUUCAUCGAUCAUGGGCAGAUACCAACACUCAUGGCACUCGACGAUGACUUACAAGAAAGAGCUUAAAUUUCAAGACCGUUUUAGAAGCCUUAGGUUCUCAAGAAUAAUGAUGGUUGAAGCUUCUUUUAUGCUUGCUGGCUCCUGAAGACUAGGUGGUCAUGGAGGAAGGAAUGGAAAAAUAGAGAGAGAAAGAGGGGGUACUGAAGCCGAGCUCCUCUAUCUGUGUAAACACCUGAUAAAUAUGUAUGGUGGUCAUUGAUUUAAGGGAAAUUUGCUUUUACAGAUUCGGAGAAGCAGAUUCUUCCCUGCACCAUAUCUAACUACAGCUAUUUUUUUCUAAAACCCUAAAAUCAACUUACAGCUCCCCCUGUAUAAACACCUGAUAUAUAUGUUUCUUGGGCAUUCAAGAGCCUAUUUGCUGAGGAGUCACAUGGGUGUUCAUACAAUCAUACCUACAUUGCCACAAAACAUAGAGGUUGUACAUCAAAGCAUGCUUAGAGUAAUUUUAUUUUGAUCAUUAUCUUUUUAAAUUUCUAA